AUGCCAGAAAUUACAAAGUCAAUCGUGAGGAAGACAAGCAUAUCAACAAGGAAUACUUGGAUUAAGUUUGAUGCUAAUGGACAUAGUUCUUUCCUCAAUGUAGACAAGUAUGAAAUCAUGCGUCAAGUUCGUAUUGAUGCUCGUGAUUUUAGAAUUCUUGAUCCUCUUCUCUCCUAUCCUUCCACCAUUCUAGGCAGAGAAGAUGUUAUUGUUCUUAACCUAGAGCAUAUCAAGGCAAUCAUAACUGCUAAAGAGGUGUUUUUGCUUGACCCAACUAGUGAAGAUGUAGUGCCUGUUGUUAGGGCACUACUAAGGAGAUUGUGUACCAUUGACACAAAUCAAGGAGAUGAUAUUCAAGACAAUAGUCCACUUGAGAUUGAAGUAGAUGAAGAUGAUGGUAUGCUUGAUCAUAAGACACCUUUUGAAUUUCGAGCACUAGAGAUAUUUCUUGAAGCAAUUUGUAGCUUUCUUGAUGCACGAGCUGCAGAUCUUGAGAUGGAUAUUUAUCCUACAUUAGAUGAACUUACCAACAAGAUAAGUAGUCGAAAUUUGGAAAAAAUUCGUAAAUUGAAGAGUGCAAUGACAAGGUUGACUGCAAGAGUUCAAAAGGUAAAAGAAUCUAUUGAACACUUAAUGGAUGAUGAUGAAGACAUGGCUGACCUAUACUUAUCAAGAAAAUUGGAAGGAGGAGCAUCAUCACCUAUAAGUCAAUCAGGUGCUGCAAAUAAUUGGAUUUCAUCUCCAAGCACCAAAUCAAAAAGUGUAGCAACAAUUUUAAGAGAUGAAAAUGAUGUGGAUGAACUUGAAAUGUUACUUGAGUCUUAUUACAUGCAAAUUGAAGGCACUUUUAGUAGAUUAUCUACUCUGCGAGGAUAUAUUGAUGAUACAGAGGAUUACAUUAAUAUUCAGAUUGACAACCAUCGAAAUCAAUUGAUUCAGUUGGAGCUAUUUCUUAAUGCAGGAGAACUUUGCCUAGCAUGUUAUUCAGUGGUGACUGGAAUACUUGGCAUGAAUCUUCAAUAUGAUUGGCAAAAUGACCAUGAUUACAUGUUCAAAUGGGUGGUUAUUUUUACAGGAUUCUUUUGUACUUUUCUAUAUCUCAUCAUAAUUGCCUAUGCUCGCAAAAAGGGAUUGGUUGGAUCAUGA